ACAGACGAUUAAAUAUUGCCCGGUUGACGUGAUACUGAAGACGUAUCAAUUAUCUGCGGAUUUUGUCAUCAUGUCGCUCAUUUUCUUAUGAGAAGAGAAGGUUGAAUUGGAGUCGACCUAUCGGGGUUCGGGUUAUGAAACUAAAUAUGAGGGAAUUAGGUCUGCUAGAUUGUUCAAUGGUAGAAAAUUGUUCUCGGUGUGAUAAGCCGAGAAAGUGAAGAAGAAAGCGAAUCGAGGACGCUACCAAUAAAUUCAAAGGGCUAUAUGCGUACCUAGUAGGUUAGUGGCUAGUGAAGCUGAGCUUGACGUAACCAAUCCCCUUGUAGGAAAUGGAGCUCUAGUCCCACUUAUAGCUAACAAGGGAGUACAUACGCUGAUACGUAGCUCUUUUUCCCCCACGAAAUUUACAAUCCUCUCUACUAUUUUGUCAACUUCACCACUCCAUCUCGCACAGCCAUUGAGCACCGACAAGCAAAAUGGCCGACACAACGAAGCCCGUCAAGAAAUCUUCACCUAUCAAAAAUGCCUAUCUGAUCCUCUAUAAUGCCGUGUCGGCUGCUCUCUGGCUCACAGUGCUGAGCCGCGUCGUCAUCGCCAACCUGAAUAGCACUCCGCAGGCGGUUUACCCUGCUGUUGGCGAGUUCUGCAAGUGGACGCAGACGUUGGCUGGAAUGGAGAUUUUGCACUCGCUCCUAGGUGUCGUGCGUGCCCCGUUCUUUACGACCUUCAUGCAGGUCUUCAGCAGAUACGCGAUCGUGUGGGGGAUUACCGGACUAUUCCCCGAGCUCGCCCUCGGAAGCGGUAGCGGUGACGGUUACAGCAGCCUGGCGUACUCGUCAAUGCUGGUGGCGUGGGGCGUUACCGAGGUCAUCCGAUACUCGUUCUUCGCGCUAUCGCUUUCUUCGGGCGGGCAACCGCCUUCGAUACUGCACUGGCUGCGAUACCACACUUUCUUCAUCCUGUAUCCUAUCGGUAUUUCUAGCGAAGCCUACCUGAUCUGGCGCGCUGUCGAGCCCGCCAAGGACGGUGUAAGCCCGCUAUACUCGGCCGUACUCUUUGGAUACGUCGCGUUGGUUUAUCCUCCGUCUGCGUAUUUCUUGUAUACGCACAUGAUGGCCCAGAGACGAAAGAUUUUCGGGACUAAGGCGCAGAAGAAGGUCACAAAGUAGACUUCGCACGUGUCUGCUCAUAUUUUAACGGAAGUAAAGGGCUGCAAAACCCGGACGGAAGAGAGGAAUAUAUUCAUGAAUAUCGACGGGAAUGGUCAGGGUAAUAUAUAUGUAGAA